AACCCCCCAUUUGCAUCUCUCUCUUCUCUCUCUCUCUCCUCUAUAGGCAACGAAGAAACGGUCCGAAGAAACGAGCAGAGAAGUGCGAGGACUCUAUGUAAAGCUUUUCUUUCGCUGUAACCGCUAUAUCUCAGUAUUUGGAAUUCCAUUUCUGUUGUUUACUUCUCUGGUUUCUCGUCCAAGAUACAACAAUCAACUCUAAUGGACGGACCUGCGCAGUAUAAUCCUCGAACGGUAGAAGAGGUUUUUCGAGAUUUCAAAGGAAGGAGAGCUGGUAUCAUUAAAGCUUUAACCACAGAUGUUCAAGAGUUCUAUCAGAUGUGCGAUCCAGAGAAGGAGAAUUUGUGUUUAUAUGGAUUUCCGAGUGAGCAAUGGGAGGUUAAUCUACCUGCUGAAGAAGUGCCUCCAGAGCUUCCUGAGCCUGCACUUGGUAUCAAUUUUGCUAGGGAUGGUAUGCUGGAGAAAGAUUGGAUAGCUCUCAUUGCUGCCCACAGUGAUGCUUGGUUGCUUUCUGUUUCAUUCUAUUUUGGUGCCAGAUUUGCUUUUCAAAAAUCUGACAGGAAGAAACUUUUCAAUAUGAUAAAUGAUCUCCCUACUGUGUUUGAACUUGUAACUGGUACUGCUAAGAAGCAGCAGCAACAAACGGAGAAAUCUCUGGUCACUAACCAAAAUAGCAACAAGUCCAAGUCAAACUCCAAAAUGGGAGUACUACCCGAGUCUCAUGUACAUAAGUCGACAUUAGAGACAAAAGCUGAAGAUGAGGAUGAUCUUGAAGAGGAGGAAGAAGAAGAAGAGGACGAUGAUGAUGAAGAUGAACAUGGAGAGACACUGUGUGGAGCAUGUGGGAAGAACUAUGCAUCGGAUGAAUUUUGGAUCUGUUGUGAUAUAUGUGAAAAGUGGUUUCAUGGAAAGUGUGUGAAGAUUACUCCAACUAAAGCCGAGCAUAUCAAGCAGUACAAGUGCCCUGCCUGCAGUAACAAGAGACCUCGACCUUAACAAUAAUUAUGGUCUCAUGAAAGGUAAGGAAAAGAAAUGGUAUAAUUCUCUCUUCUUUCGAAUAUUAAUACUAUGAUCUUUAUUUAUUAGUUUGACUCUCUUAAAUACUUUCUUUCUUUAGUUAGGUUUUGGUAUCUAAAUGUGUAUUCGCUUAUGACUUGUGAGCAACAUAUCUUUUUGUCACUUCAAUCUGUAACUUUAUUAAUUAUUUUGUUCAA